AUGGCCAUCUUUGAGUCUUACGCACCUAGGGAAAACCUUAUCAAUCUGUCAAGGCUGUUCUUUGAACGGUCAAAAUUAAAGAAACAUUUAUAUUUUGGACAAGACGACCCUUUGACGAGUCCCUUGUACCAGAUUCUACAUCGAUACUCUGGCAAGCCGCUGUUAUUGCAAAAUCUUCUCGAUAGCGGGUGCCCGCCUGACUCCCGCUUUUUGUGGGAAUUCGACCCUGUCUUUGGCGCGAAGGAAACUUCUGCAUUGCUUUGGCUACUCUGUCAAGCCCAAGCAGACCAGCAGACUGAUAAGCGUACAGUUGAAAUCCUUUUGAAGCAAGGGGCGGAUCCUAGUUUUCGGACACCUGGCUCGGGUAAUAGUCCACUGAUCGUAGCAGCCCUUUCAUCUCAGCCAGAUGUUACAUUGCAACCCCUAGAGGCGCAAGCCAACGCGAACGUCGAGGAUAAGUCUGGUAGGACCCCAUUGCAAUGCGCCACCAGAGUAGGAAAAUUGGAGAGCAUGGAACACCUGCUCAAUUUCAAAGCGAAUCCUGACGACGAGUCUCUGCACAUUGCAGCAAGACGGACCAAGGCCUCAAUGGCGAAAAUGCUCCUUGAUCGCGGCGCUUCAAUAGAUUGGCAAGGCAUCCAUAUUUGCGAUUAUAGGACUCCACUGGGCGAGCUAUGCCGCGAUGCUAGUCCAGCUAGAGAUCCAGCGCAGUUAAAGGACACUCUGAAUGUUUUUGCCAAAAGGCAGCCUGACCUGAAAAAACUCGCGAACGGCAAAUCCCUCGUGUUCCUAACCUUAGACAAUGACUCGCCUUUCGCAAUGACCACCGCACCCCUCAAAGCUUUUCGACUCAUGCGAGAGAACCUCAACUCUGACUUCAACAUCUUUCGCGAACUGGGCGGGGUCUGCUACAGCCUCACCAUGUACGUCCGGCACUUCAAAUACUUGGAGAAGCUCCUUCGAGAGUUCGGGUGCCGUGAUCGAUUCUGGGUUGAAACAGCCGGCGCCAAUCAACCGCCAGGCGUCUGCGGUCCUCCGCCUCACGUCGUUGAAGAGCAGAAGCUUGUCGAGAGCCUACGCAAGAGGAAAGGGCACGGGCGAGAAGCAAUUCAGGCCGAUCUUGAUAUGGCGGCAGAAGCUGAACGAAGGCGAGAGAGGGAGCGCUUGGCUGUACUAGAAGAGAAACGACAGGCCGAUGCGAACGAAGAAUGGCGUCGCUUCGACAUGCUGGAAGCAACAAGUCAGGCAGACGCCCGAGAUGAAAGGCGCAGAUUGGCGGCCAUUCAAACCGAGCAGAAUUCUGAGAUGGAGAAAAAACGAAGGGAAUUCUCGGACCAGCAGCAUCGGGCACGGCGGGCAAGGGCCGAAGAGGAGAGAGCGUAA